ACUUUGCAUUACUAAACUUUCAACUCGUCGGGUCCAGGAAACUGAAAAACACAGGCAUCCCGUCGACCCGAGUAAAAAUAUCGAUUGAAGACACAUCCACUUAUUUGGUUCUUAAUUUGGUUGGAAUGGUCCGGCAGUCAUUCGAGUUUGAUAGUUUGAACACAAGCGGGAAUGCCAUCAAARUAAGCUGUAAAGCAAGUAGCCCUCUAUCAUGUGAAGUUUCUGUUGAACCUUUAUGGAAAAGCAAGCUACGAUGGCUUUAUUAUGUAAUACUGACAGGAAUGAUGGCUUGGGUUUUGGAAAAUGUGUGGACUUCUUGGAAUAACGGGUUUGUAUCACAUAGCUGGGUGGCCACUGCAGUCACAAGUCUCUGUAUUUGUGGUUUAUGGAUGAAGUGUAGCUAUUUCAAAGCAAUAAAAGAAACUGUAACUAUAAUCAAGAAUAUUGGAAUCCAAAUAAAGACAACAUACAGCUCUGGUAGAGAGUCAUCCAUGUUUGUGGACCACAAAUUGAUUGCAGAUAUCAUUAUAAAUGAAGGAAUUACAAUGCAUCAAGUAAUAUACUACUUGGCAAUUCUACAAACCUCAGAUGAAACAUCCAAAAAACCUAACAAGCAGCUUAUUCCUUUGUUUAUGUCAUUUUAUCCAAGGUKUGAUGCUUUAAAACCUGUCUACCAUUUCAUUAGAAGUGUKUUAUUGGAUGAGGAAUUUGAUGAGGCCUUCCUACAAGCAACACAAAAUACUAAACAUACAAGCAAAAGAUGACACAAACAACCUUGGUGCGAACUUGCCAAACAUGGAAUACUGUACAAGUCAACAAUGAUUCUAAAGUAAAUACUGGUGUGCUAAUGUGAAUAGCAAUGCAGAGAAGUAGCCAAGAUAGGCACACAGUGUUCAGGCUCCUCCCCAUGUAAGAUGGAGGUCCAAGACCAAAACCAGAAUCCAAAUCAAAUAGGAAGAAUGUGCAAAUGUAAUGUUCUACAUUUGACAAGCACCAUUCUUAAUUUUUGAAUGUUUAUUACAACCUUCUUGGUUCCUGCACCUCCAGCACAAAUUUUGACACCUAACUGUGAUUUUUCAGAAAGCUAACUUUUGAAUUGAUCAAACAAAGUUAUUUGAAAAUGUUA